AUGCCGAACAGAAAGAACGUGCGCGAUCUGAGCAAGCUCUCGGGCAAACCACUGAGAGAGACGGCCAUCUCUAGCAGUCAAAUGUUCCAGAUUGCCUCCAAUGACUGGUUGACAUCCCCCGAUCUGAAAGAGGAGAACCUGGCUUUUUCCUGCGAAAAUUUCUAUGAGACGGCCAUCUUUCUCAUGGCCAAUCCCAACAUCACUUCGAGUCACUUGUUUCGGGCAGACAUCCUGUUUGACAGCCAGGGACUCUUGCGAACGCCUCGGCAAGAUGAAGAACUUGCGGGAACCUCUACUGAGAUCAUGAGUGAGCCCUCACAACCUGAGGUCGAGGCAAAACCCUCGCCUCAAGUGACGGGGUUUGAUCUGAUCAGGACUGUCGUGCGGAAAUUGAUUCCUCGCAAUCAGGACAUCGAUCAACCGCUCAUCCAGACGUGUCAUUUUUACAAAUCGAUUGUUCUUACGGGAACAGGGGCAGGCGCAGUUGACCCGAGUGACAUGCCAUGCCAGCACCGGGUCCUGACCAUGUUUCUCCCGCAUGUCGAAUCUCUAGAUGAGAUUCCAUUUUACCACCCACGCCUCAAAGGACUUGCCACUCUCUAUGAGUGUGACAGCUUGCCCAAUGAAAGCCACUCCGGUAUCAUGUCGGUGCACUUUCUCCCAUUUUCGAGUGAGUAUCCUGAUCGACUGGAACGCACAUUGCACACACUUCUCAACUUUUAUGUCCGACUCACGCGAGGCGGUCAGCAGAAGGCGUCGACAGAGACCUCAGGCGAGGUACGAUCCUCCAAGGAUAACCUCGUACCGCGUCACUUGACUCAAAAUACCUAUUCGCGUCUCAAGACCCUCUAUGCCGCCGAUCUGAUGCAGAGGUGGGUGGAGAGCACGGAACCGAGCAAGCAUGUCUUUGAAGAUCUGGCCAUCACCGCGUUCCUCAUCGAGCUGUGGCGGAUGAUGUACGGCAUCAGACCAGUCAAUGAAGGCUCGCAGGGAUCGAGCGACCGUGACACAUUCCCCGGGUUCGUAGACAUGGCCUGCGGGAACGGCGUACUGGUCUACGUCCUUCUCAUGGAAGGCUAUUCGGGCUGUGGGUUCGAUGCCCGCGCCCGCAAAUCAUGGAGCAUUUACCCGUCAUGGGUGCAGGAGCGGCUCUCGGAGAAGGUUCUCAUUCCGAAACCGUUUGCCGAUGCUGCGGGUCAUCUUGAUCUCGGAAUGGCCAUCACAACCGGCGACUUUGCGCGUGACACGUUUAUUAUCUCGAAUCAUGCGGAUGAACUCACCGUGUGGACCCCACUCAUUGCGGCACUUGCUUGCCCGGAAGCACCCCUGCCCUUCCUGGCUAUUCCAUGCUGUUCGCACUCGCUAUCCGGGGCUCGGUAUCGCUAUCCGCAGCCGAAAGGAUCAAAGCCAAAGCUUGGGACGGGCUCUGCGGACGACCAGGAGAACAUACAAAAUCCACAAUCUGCGUCGGGGGAUUUGAAAGCGUUGCGUGCUGCCAAACAAGCGGAGAAGACCGAAAAGGGCAUGUGGACCUCCAUGUACGGCCUUCUCACGGCCAAAACCAUUUCUGUUGCUGAAGAGGCCGGCUACGAGGUAGAAAAGACUAUGCUCCGUAUUCCCAGCACCAGGAACAUGGGAGUCAUUGGAGGUCGACAAGCCGUGACCACGCAGUGGAGACAGCGAUAUGGCAGGGAGAGCCUCGGAACCCCAAAUGCGGGCGAGGACCGAGUCGGUUAUGCUUCAGUCGUUCAACGGGCAGUCACGGAAAUCGUUGACCGAGAGUGUACCCGGGAUGGUGGAUUGGACGCUGCGGCGCAUAGUUGGAUCGAGCGCGCGCAGAGUCUCCGCAAAGACGCUAGAACACUCAUCCGGCAUGAUGGUGGACAGACAUGA